UCGGGAAGGAAAGCAGAGGGAAAAAGAGAGGAUAGAAAAACGAGAAUUGGAUUCUCGUUAAGGGAAGAGGAGAGAGAGAGAGAGAGGGAGAUGGACGGGGUGGCGAGCGAGGUGGCUGCACCAGCGGCGGCGAAGACGAAGGCCCUGAACUGUAUCAGUCUGUCGGAUCCUGAUAUCCACAAGUCUGUUUCACUCCUCAAACAGGCUUGUCUGGAUUGUGGAUUCUUCUAUGUAGUUGAUCAUGGAAUUAGCUUGGAAUUCAUGGAUGAAGUUUUCUUUCAGAGUAAGAGAUUUUUUAAUCUGCCUUUGGCUGAGAAGAUGAUGCUACUUCGGAAUGAAAAGCAUAGAGGUUAUACGCCUGCUUUAGACGAGCUUUUGGAUCCUGAAAAUCAAGUGCAUGGUGAUUACAAAGAAGGAUAUUACAUUGGCGUUGAAGUACCUCAAGAUGAUCCUCAAGCCGAAAAGCCCUUUUUUGGCCCAAAUCAGUGGCCUUCAAAUGUUAUUUUGCCAGGGUGGAGGCGGGUUAUGGAGCAGUACCACAAAGAGGCCUUGAGAGUAUCUCGGUCAAUUGCUAAGAUCAUAGCUCUUGCACUCGACUUAGAUGUAGAUUUCUUUGAUAAACCCGAAAUGCUUGGUGAUCCCAUUGCAACAUUAAGGCUUCUUCACUAUGAAGGAGGUAAAGCUUCUAAUCCUUCAAAGGGGAUAUAUGGAUGUGGAUCUCAUACUGAUUAUGGUUUAAUUACUCUCUUAGCUACGGAUGAUGUAGUUGGCCUUCAGAUAUGCAAGGAUAAGGAUGUGCGGCCUCAGACAUGGGAAUAUGUGGCUCCUCUAAAAGGAGGUUUCAUUGUCAACCUUGGUGAUAUGCUUGAGCGGUGGAGUAAUGGUGUUUUUAGGUCCACACUGCACCGAGUACUCAGUGAUGGACGAGAACGUUAUUCUAUUGCAUAUUUUGUGGAGCCAAGCCAUGAGUGUCUUGUGGAGUGUUUGCCAUCUUGUACUUCUGAGACUAACCCACCCAAGUACCCUCCUGUAACAUGUGCAGCAUAUUUGAGCCAGAGAUACAAAGCUACACAUCUUGACCUGAGCUCAUAUCAAACAACAGAAGAAAAGGCUAAAUAACCAUACUUAACUGCAACUGACAUAAGGAGGACCUGCACCUGCUAAAACAUUGAAGCAAAUUCAGAUUUUUCAGCCCUUUAAUUAACAAUAAUAAUCUAGUUCUAAAUGUCAAUUGUCAUUUCAGCCAUAUUGUGUUGUUGCAGCAUAUUGUGCGUGUAUAUAUAUGUAUUAAAAAUGCCUGUGGAUUUUAUAUUUGGCAUGCAUAUCGAGGUGGAUUUGUUCAUCUAACGUGCUGGUAUUUUGUUUUUAUUUUUUCGGAAAUAAAUAUAUUGAUUUAUUGAUAGUAA